GGAUGGUGCAGUGCUGACACGUCCGCGUCUCCAGAAACUUCUUUUUCUCUCAGAAUGCUAAGCAGAGAACUUCUCGCCCUUUCGCAUUCUUUAAAAACGACUGUAAUCCUUCUCUUGUUAACCAUUAAAAAAAAAAGAGAGAAACACAAUCAACAGCCUCAAUCUCAUUAUUCUCAAGAUGUCCUACACCAGAAGGUCAAGGUAUUCCCUUUCGCCUUCCCCAUACAGGCGACACGGCAGGCCUGACUCCAGAUCAUUGUCGAGGUCGAGGUCGAGGUCGAGGUCAAGGUCCAGGUGUAGGAGCUCCUCAAGGGAUGUGGAGAAUCCUGGUAACAAUUUGUAUGUGACAGGGUUGUCACCUCGGAUUACCAAGAAGGAACUCGAGAAGCAUUUUUCCGCGGAAGGAACGGUAAUUGAUGUUCAUCUUGUCAUUGAUCCAUGGACAAGAGAAUCUCGUGGGUUUGGGUUUGUUACUAUGUCUACUGUCGAGGAGGCUGAUCAUUGUAUCAAGUAUUUGGACCGAUCUGUUCUUGAGGGUCGUGUCAUUACAGUGGAGAAGGCUAAGCGGAAGAGAGGACGGACUCCUACUCCUGGAAGGUAUUUGGGGCUGAGAACAGUUCGUGUGCAUCGCAGGACUCCUAGUAAUUCUCCUUGUCGAUCUCCUAGCUACUCUCCUUAUCGGGGGAGCAGGAGGCGGUCACCACGUGACAGGAAUAGAUCCUACUCCCCACGUUACCACCAACACAGAUCAUAUUCUCCUUACUACUAUAACCACCACCGAUACCCCUCUCGAUCUCCAUCUCCAUACAGUAGGUCCCCUGUUGGCAGGCAUGAUCGGUCCUACUCACCUUACUACUCAAGGCAUUACUCACCAGAUGACAGAUACCAUAGAAGACGCCACUAUUGCUCUGUAUCUCGGAGUCCUACUCCAUGUAGGGCUCGUAGGAGUUCAAGGAGGAGAUAUUCACUAAGCAUCUCCCCUAGCCCAUGGAGGAGGACCUCAAGGAGAAGGUAUUCACGCAGUGUAUCCCCUGCACCAAGGAGGAGCUAUUCACGAAGCAUCUCCCCUAGCCCAUGGAGGAGGACCUCAAGGAGAAACUAUUCACGCAGCAUAUCCCCUGCACCAAGGAGGCGUUAUCCACGAAGCAUCUCCCCUAGCCCAAGAAGGAGAAGCUAUUCAUGCAGUGUAUCCCCUGCACCAAGGAGGAGCACGAGGAGGAGUUAUUCUAGAAGUGUGACACCAAGGCUAAGGAAGAGCUCGAGGAGGAGGGGGUGCUCUCGAGACAGCAGCAGUGCAAGCCCUACUUCCAGAUGUGCCUCUAGGUCUGUCACCCCUAGCUCGGCUUCAGCAUCUCAUUGAAAGUAAAUUGAGGCUCGUGCAGACCAUAUAUAUAUAUAUAUAUAUAUGCGAGGCUCCUGUAGGUUUGCGGAAUCGUCUUUUGGGAGUUAAAGAAGUGUAGGCAUGUGUGGUAAUUUUCCGUAUUUUGGAGUGCCUUAGGUGUCCAUGUAGUGACAGUUCCAGUAAGUAAUGACUAUUGGCUUAUUAAAA